CUCGUGAGUCUCGGUUCCACUGAUCCACGGUGUGCUUGUGGUUCUGCACCGAACCUCCGGACGGACUCGAACCCUCAACCCUCAACCCGACCGAGCCGCAGGGAGGCCGGCAGGACUUCGACCUCCACUUCCGGGCCCCGCUCCAGCUGGUCGGUGUCUGGGUAGCGUGGGAGCGAGCGAGGCGGACCCGCGGUGACAGUUGUUUGGUGGAGGCUGUGGAGGUUGUGGAGGUGGAGGUGGGGGGUGUUUACGUGGUUAGCUAAGAGCGGCUAACUUCUCUCCACGCACCCGCAGCCCGCGCGCUGCAUGUGCGGCAACAACAUGUCAGCGCCUUUACCUGCCAUCGUGCCUGCUGCCCGCAAAGCCACUGCGGCGGUGAUCUUUCUGCAUGGCCUCGGUGAUACUGGGCAUGGCUGGGCAGAGGCUUUCGCAGGCAUCAGGAUACCACAUGUGAAAUACAUCUGUCCACAUGCUCCCAACAUGCCUGUUUCUCUGAACAUGAGAAUGUCCAUGCCUUCCUGGUUUGAUAUCUACGGGUUGAGCCCCGACGCAGAUGAAGAUGCGAGUGGCAUCAAAAGAGCAUCAGAGAAUGUUAAAGCCUUGAUAGACCAAGAGGUGAAGAAUGGAAUUCCUUCACACAGAAUUCUCCUGGGUGGUUUUUCACAGGGUGGAGCGUUGUCUCUCUACACGGCUCUGACGACUCAGCAGAAACUUGCAGGAGUGGUCGCACUGAGCUGCUGGCUUCCUCUGCGCAACUCCUUCCCUCAGGCGUCGGCCAGCAGUGCUAACAAGGACAUGCAUGUGUUACAAUGCCACGGAGAUGCCGACCCCCUGGUCCCCUUCAUGUUCGGUGCCCAGACGGCGGAGAAGAUGAAAAGUCUCAUCAAUCCUGCCAACGUCACCUUCAAGUCGUACCGAGGACUACCUCACAGCGCCUGUCCCGAGGAAAUGGUGGAUGUCAAACGGUUCAUCGAGAAGCAGCUUCCUUCCAUCAGCGAUGAAUGAACCUCGGGGAGAAUCUGUACAAAGCACAACACCAUCAGAGUCCUAUGGAGUCCAUUGUGACUCGAGGACUUAAUGAACCACCGACUUAUCUGUCAAUAAAAACCACGCUGCUACUCAUCGAGCCGGACGAGACCGGGAGCUGCUGCCCAUUCGCUCGGGAGAAGCACGACUGAAACGAUGCUGCUUCCUGAACCUGGAGCCACUCACGAUAUCUCAGUGUUACAGUAGAGUAACUUUAGUUGCCUGAUUUCAACGCUAUUCGCCAUCGAGACAAGCCAUUAACUGCAGAACACAUGAACUGGAAUAACUAGGGCUACACGUUAUGGUUUAUUACUUACUAUCUUAAAAUAAAUGGCCUGUUGUUAAAAUGUUUUAGUCAAUCUUGUGUAUUUUUAGUAUUAUUGAAGUGAGUUAGGAGAUUAAGAAGCACAAUGAAUCAUGGCAUUAAUCCGUCUACUCAGAUCCUGGUCUUCUCAUGUUUUUAAUUAUUGUAACUUUAACAGUUUUUGAAUUUUUUUAGUGAACAAUCAACUCGAGGACAUGAGCUUGGCUUUCUGCCACUCGAUCAGUAUUUUCUAAAACACAAAACAAAACAAAACUUACGAUAUUACUCAGAAUACUCAGUUGAACAAAUCUCAAAAUACAUGACUUGAAAACAGCCAAUAUGCAAAUAAAAGUGUAAUAUUAAAUCA